GGUUGGGUAUGGAAUUCGCUUUUUUGGCCAUUUUUGCAAAAUUACUUGAAAUCCUUAUCAUAACCCACUACAGCCACUGAGUUAGAAGUACUGACAUGAAAAUUAAACAAGUCAAUCAUCUGUGGAACGGGCAGGGCUCGAAAAACUCCAGCCAAUGAUUUCCAUUGCCACCGAGUUGCAUUGGACAGUAAGUACGUCAAUCAAACGGUCAUACUGCACUCCCCCUCCCCCGCGCCCCGCGCGCGACCCCUUCGUGCACGUACUCAAACCUCGUGACCCAGAGCAAGCUUCUGUUUGUUGUUAUCCUGCGGUAGCUACUGGAGCUAGCUAACUAGCAAAUGACUCGCUCUCGCGCAUCUGUGUUCGCUCGUGCAUGAUUGCGCGUCCAUGUACUUGGAAUGGGUGGAGUCAGAGUCAGCAGGGGGUAGGACCAUUUGAGUUGUGUAUUUUCAAAAUCUGCUGGCGUUUCGCAAAUCCCAUACCCAACCUUUAAUUAUAAACAGACCUAAUUAUGUUAGUGAGAGUGAAAUGGUGGCAGUUUUAAAAUAAUAAUAAAUAAUAAGGUUGGAUUCCAGUCCGUUGUACCGUAGAUCCACAGAGAAAUUCUCUGCCGUAGUAGAAAAAUCAUGAAUUCUUCCUGAAAACAAGAAAGGCAGCCAGAUCAACUUCUGACCCUACUAUCUUGUAGAGUUAAGACCAUGAGUUGGUCGCGUUUCCAAAAAUAAGACGCCUUUACAUCCAGUUAAAGGCGUCAAUGUGACUUGCGUCGCAUUGAUUUCCGAAGUCGCUGCUUUGCCCACAGAGACGAUCCAGUAAGGGGGCAACAACACCACAUCAGGCGACCGAAAUGAUAGAAUGAGCGCAAAACUGUUUUUUUGGCAAUUUUCAAGCAGUGGAGGGAAACACAACAUAAGGUUUUGAAUAACUGGAUGUAAAGGCGUCUUAUUUUUUGGAAACGCAACCAAUUUAUGGUCUUAACUCUAGUAAGGCUGUGACGUACAAGUUGUUCUGUGCUGUGAUUGGCUGAAGAGAAAUAGCUAAAUCGCCGCGUUCUAAAACUGGACCUUGCGAUUUGACAUGUUCAAUAUCUGGCGACUCCUUGCAGCUCCUUGCGACUCCUUGCAACGACCAGUUCACACCGCCCCUGCGACGUUCUAAAACCGUCUCGUUGCAAGUCGUUGCAAGGCAAAUCUUUGGUCUGAACUGGGCUUUACAACGCGAGUAUUGAGUCAGCGCUCUCUAUCACCACUGUCAUCCCAAAUUGGAUAACUGUAUCUAUUCUAAUAUUCAUAAUCCAAGUCUGUCUAGGUAUUUUAACACCAUCAGCAUUGCUGCACUGUUCAAGAGAUCAAGAGAAUGUUUAUUUGUCACAUGCAUAUACCUGUAAAACAGGCAGUGAAAUAUAAUCCUGCCUUCGCUCCAAGACUGUGCUACUGUUGCAUGGGGACUCAUGAUUGAGCAGGCCUGGUCAACCUCAAUUAUUAGGUAUGUGGGCAAAUGCUUCCUGAUGGUGUCGAUUUAGGUCGAACAGAGAACAUUUUCUAAUACUUCAAGCAUGUAUAGAUCAAUAGCUCUAAAGGAAUGGGUCAAGCUUCUAAUUUUCCCUUAUUCAAGCCAGGAUCUUGAUGCGUAAUGCCACUGCUCAGGGUGGUUAGGUAGUUAGGCAAAGUUUGCUGGUUUGAAGUCGCAGCAUAUUCUUAAUGCAAUUUGUGGAAUAACCUAGAAAAAACUAUUUUUGCUAAUAAUAAUCCUCAUAAAUAGAUCUUUACCUGCCUAAUAAAAUGUCCCUUUGAUGCUCAUGCUUAUGUUUAAUCCAGCCUUAUUUGGAUUUGAUUGGAUGUUGCCUCUGUGAUUGUGUCCAGUUCAUGAAUAUUAAACAAUCCUCUGACUUAAAAGGUCCAAGCAAAACCUUGUUCUAAAAUAUAACUUUUUUUUUGCAAUAAUUAAGGUGAUUCACCAAAAUGUAGUUACUGCUUCAAUUAGUUGUGUGCUUGUUUAUUAUUUAUAUCAGAUUACUUGUACAGUUAUGAUCUGUUUAAGAUUGUAUGCUCUACGAUAAGUAUUGAUAUGUGAUGCAAUAGAUUGAUUUUGGCUUUGUGAUUUACUUUUAACAUUCAUAGAUUGUCAUUGAAUCAAUUGAGUCAAGGGAAAAAAUGAACUUGCAUAAUGGCUCAAUUCAAAUAACAGAAUUUGUUAUCGGAGGCUUUGAAAAGGUUGAAAGACAAAUGGAAAUAGGUUUUGUGAUGUUAGUUGUUUAUGUUUUAAUAAUUGUAGCUAAUACACUCAACAUAGUCUUUAUCAUUUUAGACAAGAAACUACACAAACCAAUGUAUCUUCUGAUUUGCAAUUUGGCUGUUGUUGAUAUACUGAUUAGUUCAAGUUCAUGCCCAACUAUGAUUGGUGUAUUAUUGGCUGGUGCGAAUACGAUUUCCUAUGCGGCAUGUUUGAUUCAAAUGUUCAGCUUUCAGGUAGCUGAAGCGAUGGAGAUGUUGGCUUUAGCUGUUAUGGCUUUAGAUUGCUUGAUUGCCAUCUCUUUUCCACUAAGGUAUCAUAGCAUACUAACAAAUGCUCGUACCAUAGCCAUAACAUAUUUCCUUUGGGUCGCUGCCUGUGCCUUUGUCACUCUUAUGCCUGUGCUUUUGAUACCAAUUCCUUACUGUUUUAACCGGUUACGCUACUCUUUCUGUGAUUACCUCGCAAUUAUCCGAACCUCUUGUCAUGAUCCUAAACAUUUUGAUGACAUGAAGUUGAUUCUCACCAACUUCAUGUCAUUUAGACUGGUCCUCCAGGGGAUGUCAUCAGGAAGUCCUCAGCCAUUGCUGUCCUCCGCCACUGCUGUUCUGUUAAGGCUCGGCAAUAGCUCCCCACAAGGCUCACGUCAGCAACAAGGAGUUCCCGAGCUAUUCCUCCUUCAGGCUUUGGCCAACCCCACAGGACAGCAGUUCAACUCCACCAGUGAUCUCUUCUCCUAG